CACACACAUGUGCGGUUCAAUGUUUUCGUGUGGGCUGUAACUCUGAAAACUUCUUGUUGAUUUUGUGAAUAUGAUUUCUGUCAUGGAUGGUAACGACACAGCGGAAGAUGAGCGUAGAGGUGUGAAACGCAAGAUGUCUCUGUCAAGAUGUGACGUAUGUGGAACAGAAGAGGCCAGAUACAGAUGCCCCAACUGUAUGAUACACACAUGCAGUUUGUCCUGUGUGAAACAACACAAGAUGUCUUCGGGAUGCAGUGGCGUACGAGAUAAGACAGCAUUCAUCUCUCUCUCUCAGUUUGAUGAAAUGAAUCUUCUCAGUGAUUACAGAUUUCUGGAGGACACCGGUCGACUGAGACAAAGUUCUGACAGAGACACCGUCCUGCACGCCAGUCGCCGACAACCGAAAGAGGGUACGUGGUUAAUCCGGAAGGCACGAGCGGCCAAAGUCACCCUGAAGAUGCUACCCAAAUUGUUCAGCAGACACCGAGAGAACACCACAAUCUUCAGAAAAGCUGAUGGACGAUUACAUUGGCAUCUGAAGAUCCAUUUUCCUCAGAGUGCUGCUGUUUAUUCAGAGAGGUUUGCUGAUAACAGAGAAGUCCGUCAGAUUCUUCAUGACUUCAUUCAUCCAUCAGAAUCAGAUCCAGUCAGACGUCAGAAGUUAAAGGUUUAUGUCCAGAGCCCUCAGGAGGAUAUCAAAAUCUUUAUGAAGGCAGAGCAGACACAACCCAACUCUCUCAGGUAUCUGGAGCUGGAUCCACAGAAAACUCUGGGAGCAAACCUGAUGCACAUGACUGUUGUGGAAUACCCAGAAAUCUUUGUGGUUCUGAAACAACACAGCCAAGAGUACGUCACCAGAAUGAAGGAGCACUUUAGUGCUGCUUCAGAGAACAUCUCCACAAAGUCAGAAGAGCUGCUUUCUUCAGCUUCUUCACAUGUGCCAAAGAAAGCAAAAAUCAUCUCUGAGGCGGAUGAGCUGGAGGACGGAGAGAUACGGAGUGAUGAUGAUGAUGAAAGCGAUGGAGAUGAUGAUGUAACAGAGAAAACAGCACCUGAAUCGCAUCGAGACUCAUCGAGACGCAUCGCUCUUGGAGAUGUUGGUGGUCAAACUGAGACAUUGAGCAUCUUAAGUAUAGACAUCAGAAACAAUGAGAACAUUGAUCUUCAUGAAACACAGGAGGUUAAGACCCAAACCAGUCAAACAUGUACCGUUCAACAUGAGCUUAUAUCCUGUGCUCAUGCUAGCGUUUGUGGAAGUGAAGGCCUGGGUAACAUGCAUAGGAGCUUGGACGGAGCACAGGCCAACAUUUAUGCUAGUGACGGUCACAUUAGUGCGCAUGAUACAAGCGAAAAAUCCUGUGAUAGCUUAGAUACAAAAAAUGCUGGCUUUGCUUGCCAACAUCUCAUUCCUCAAGAUAUCCAGCCUGAAACUGAUAGUCAUGCUGAUAUCAGCGAUAGCAUGGGUGGGGAGAAUGCAAAUAUUUAUUCUUGUGAAGGUCAUGUUCCUGCAGUUGUGCACAGUAAAGAUACAAGCGUCGAUAGUGUAGAUGUACACAAUGCUAAUGUUAGUGACAGUGACAUUGCUAGAGAUGUUCAAGGCUCAAAUCAGGCUGAUGUUUGUGAAGGUGCAGAUAAUGCUAAUGUUUAUGCUAGCAACAGUUGCACUCCUGAAGAUACCCAUGUUGAGAGUUCAAGUCAGGCUAAUGUAGAAAAUGCUAAUACUUGUGCAAGCGAAACUUGCAUUGCUGCAGAUAUCCAGGUUAAUGGUGGAAGUCAGGUCAACGUAGAAAAUGCUAAUGUUUAUGCUAGCGACGGUUGUAUUGCUAGAGGUAACCAGGUUGAAGGUGCGUGUCAGAUGAAUCCAGAAGAUGCUAAUGUUAAUGCUAGUGACAGUUGCACUCUUGAAGAGAGCCAUGUUGAUGAAUCAAGUCUGGCUAACGUAGAAAAUGUGAAUAUUUGUGCUAGCGACGGUUGUAAUGCUAGAGAUAUGCAUGUUGAAGGUGUGUCUCAGAUGAACAUAGAAUAUGCUAAUGUUUAUGCUAGUGACAGUUGCUCUCCAAAAGAUGUUGAGGGUUCAGGUCAGGCUAAUGUAAAUAACGCUAAUGUUUGGGCUAGCGACCGUUGCAAUGCUACAGAUAGGCAUGUUGAAGGUGUGAAUCAGAGUAAUGAAGAUACUGUGAAUGUAAAUGUUUAUGCUAGCGAGGGUCACGUUAUUGCUGAUAUUCCCAGCGAAGGUUCUGAUCAGGUUAAUAUUGGUGAUAGCGUGAGUGACGGUCAUGUUAGUUAUCAAACUGUCUGUGGGACUGAACACAGAGUCUGACAAUCUACAGAUUCUUGAUAUCACUUUAGAAAUAACAUCAGAUAAUGACAAUAACAAUGCUUGUUGCCACGGUGACAACACAGCCUGUUUAUGUGACCUGUGAUAAGAGAUGUGAGAUGCUGGUGACAUAACACUGUGUUCAUGGAUACAGACACACACUCACCUCCGCUGAACUCUUACAUUUCUAAUGUGUGUAGUAAUGUGAUUUAUACUGUUAUAUCAUUUCUCUUACUGACUCUUAUUUUGUCAGCUUUUGGAAAUCCAUGCAGAUGUACGGUUAUAUAAAACGUGUUAAAGCACAAAGUGUCAUUGCAGAAUCACAACUGAGGUGAUUUACAGGACAGCGAGGCUCAUAUGUGUAUUUAAGUGACAUAUAUCUCUCUUUAAUAAACCCUUGUUCCUGCAGGUCUCGUAUGGUGAGGUGUGUGUUUAUUGCUGUUUGUAUCUGUGUUCCCAGAUAGCACAUGUACGUCUGUAAGAUCCGAAAACAUCUGAUAAACAUCUAGAAGGCAGUUUUGCAUACAUUCUGAAUCACAAACAUCGUACAUACAUCUUUAAGAUAUGACAAUAGACAAGAAACGUCUCGGAGACUUAAAUCCAGUGUUGGGGGUUUACUACUAAAAAGUAAAGUAAGGGAUUACUGUCAUCUGUCUGUUAUUUAAUUAGUUACUUUGGAUGUAAUUGAACUAAAUACUGUGUACUAUAUACAAUUUUGGAAUUGACAUUAAAUUUCAAAGUCUAACUUUAAAACGAAUGCAUUAAUGUAUUUUUCUCACAUUUGUAAUACUCAGUUAAUAAGAGUACUUUAUGUAGUUGGUUAUUUGAAUUAAUUCCGAGUCGUUU